AUGUUUAAGAAUAAACUAUUUCUUCAAAAUAUUAAUUUCAAAGAACCAAAUCCAUUAAUAAAUUUCAAAGAAUGGGCAUUAAAAGUCGUAACUGAACCAAUUACCUUCAAUGAAAAUAAAACCACUGUCAUUUCAAAUGUUUGUUUAGUAUUAUCAGAAUUUAAAGAUAAAUGUUUUAAAAACGAUGAAAGCAGUGAUAAUGCUUGUGAUCAAAUGGAUAUUGAUAGUAAAACAAAUGAAAAAAAGAAAUUUUUAAUACCGCUCUCAUGUAAUUCCCUGCAACAAACAUCUAUAGAAUCAUUAGUAAGAGUAUGGAAUAAUUUGGAAUAUAUUAAUACUAAUCAAUCAAAGGCUUGUCAAAUCGAAUUCUUGGAUAUUUUAAUUAAUAGAAAUAUUUCAGUAAAUGAUUCAACUGAUUUCUUUUUAAAAGUAUUCAAUUCAACAUCUUUCAAAUCAAAUAACAACAACAACAACAACAAUAAUAAAAACAAUAAUAAUAGCAAUAUAUAUGAAAUCAAUGCUAUAUUAAAAUUUUAA